GCAGGCAAAGCAGAUCCCUCCUCCAGCCCUGCCCCCUACUCUUGGCUCUGCUCUUCCCUGGGCGGCAUCGGCGCCUUCUCCAGUCCGAGGGGGCGGAGUGGGGCUCCCUUCGUGCGCGUCCAGCUCGGAGUUGCUCAUCUCCAGAGAGGGACUUGCGAGAAGCAGAGGUAGAGAAGGAGAGCGGCAGGCGCGCCACGUCCGUCUCCCUCCGUCUCCCUCUUCCCCUCGAGGCUGGGGGGCCGCGGGCGAGGGCGAGGCACGCGGGGCCGCGGGAGGGCGCCCAGGGGAGGCCCCCCCGCCCUGGCAGGCCCCCCGGGGAUGGCGAUGGCGGCGGCGGGAGGCAUCGCCACGCUGCCCGCCUUGCCCGACGGCGGAGGAGGAGGAGGAGGCGGCGGCGGGGGGAGCGGCGGCGGCGGCCCUUUCCCCCCGGGCCACUUCAAGGACCCCAAGCGCCUCUACUGCAAGAACGGGGGCUUCUUCCUGCGGAUCAACCCCGACGGCGGCGUGGACGGCGUCCGAGAGAAGAGCGACCCCAACAUCAAAUUGCUGCUCCAGGCAGAGGAGAGAGGUGUAGUGUCCAUCAAAGGUGUAUGCGCAAACCGUUUCCUGGCUAUGAAUGAAGACGGUCGAUUGUUAGCACUGAAAUACGUAACAGAUGAAUGCUUCUUUUUUGAACGCUUGGAAUCUAAUAAUUACAAUACUUAUCGGUCUCGUAAAUACCGUGAUUGGUACAUUGCACUGAAACGAACUGGUCAGUACAAACUUGGACCAAAAACUGGACGAGGCCAGAAAGCUAUCCUUUUCCUUCCAAUGUCUGCCAAAAGUUGAUUUCAGUUGGAAAGUGUAUGAAAUACAGAGUGGAAGUCCUCCACAUCCCCACACGACAGAAAAAUGUGACCAGUAUUUCCCAGGAUAAAUUGCAUUUGUGGACUGAUCUCGGAAUAUUACUAGGCAAAGUUAUGUAUGUAGUAGACCUCAAACAGUUGUGAUAUCCUAGAACUAUUGUGCCUUUUGCAUAUGUAUACAUGUGUGUACAUGUCUGUAUUGAAUGUGACAGGAUGGAGAACUUAUGCAUUUAUUUCCAGUCAAAUACUAUAUUCAUUUUUUUUACUUGAUGAGUUGGGGAUAGAGUUGAGAAAUUGAUUUGUAUUAUUCUUGGUAAGAAAAAUAUAUAUUAAAAUUUGCAUAGUUUAAAAUAUUUAGCAUUUUAGGUGAAAUAAUAUAUAUUUGUAUGGAAUUUAAUCUGGAAUAAUAUACAUAUGCAUUUUACUACAAGUAAUAUUAGAUGCCUUAAAAAAAAGUCUACAUGUCUUGCAAAUUUGUCAUGUUCCUGUAAUGCUCUGGCAGUUCUCGGUGGUACAGUUUAUAGAAAAGGCCUGUGUACACAGCUGGAAAUUCCCUCAUAGUUAAAUCGAUCUUAUCAAAUCCUUCACGGUAUCCAUAGAGAAGCAGCCUGGCUAUAUUACUGGUGAUUGGAGUUGUUUCUUUUGACUUGGCAAGGUCACUUAGCUCCAUCCACUCGCACUUGAGGCACUCCUGCUGGCAGAAACUAAUGUUGAAAGAAGAAGGCUCCAAGCGGCAGAUAAUAUACAUAUCAGACUUUCCAAAGGCUCCAGGGUGUCUGUGUUGCUGCCUUAUACUUAGAAGGGACCUGAAUUCUGAUUUUAUGCCUGUCUCUUCAAAAACCUCUCGAACUGCUGUGCUUCCUAAAAGAAAGAGAACUUUCAUUAUAAUUCUGAAAAUAUAGGCAGCUCAAUGGCAACAAAAGCAUGUGCAAGCUGUUAGGCAUCCCCAAACUCUUCAUUAAGCUAAGUGGUGCAAUAAAUUAAAGAGAAGGAAGAAUCUGAGAAGUUUGGAAACUAAGGUUCUUGUUUUGGCCUUGAAUCAGGUCUGCAAAUUAAUCUCAGUUUCAAGAUAGAGAGGAAUGAGUCUCUUGCUGGAUAAUAUAGAUUUUUCAGACUAAAAUUACUUCUUCAAGUGGGAUGAAAAGACAAGAGUCAAUUCAUCUAAAGACAUGUCAGAAUGGAAAUUUGGCCCUUGUCUUUGGUAAAAAAACAACAAAACAAAAACAAACCUAAGUUCCUUCCCUUGCACAAAGCUGAAGUGCAGAGUUACAGUGCAAUCUUUUUCUCAAUAAAUAUGGAGAUUAAAUUUACAGGGUGUAUAUAAUGAUUCAGUCAUUGCCAUCCUUUCUUUUCCCUGCUGCUAGAACUUAUAUUUGUGUCCUUCUCCUUUCUAUAUGGUUAAGUAAGUAAUAAAAUUCACAGAUAUAGGGACACUAAUGAAUAAUGGUACAUUGCUGAAAGCUGCUACAAUCGUUUACAUUGUUACAUCCAAAAUUAUCUUGCCAGACCAGUUUUAUGUAGAUUUCUUAUAGUCUGUAACAUUUACAUUACCAUAAUUGUCUAAUUAAGGGUGAACUUCAACCUAGAAUGCACACUAUAGUGAUUUCCUGGCUUUUGGAAGAAAAUUUCUCCCAAUUCUUUUAUCUUUUGAUUCCAUGAUCUUGCUGAGAAAUUCCAGCUAGUCUUUUGCAACAUUAUUUUAACAAAGAUGCCAUCACUUUGGACCCACACAUUUAAUUUAUGUGAGAUUGAAUUGGUGGGAAAUGUUACAAUUCAGCUAAGAAAACAUGUAAAAUUGGAGCAACAGUACCAGUCAGGAUAUUACAAUGGGGGCCAAUAGAAUCCAAAAAAUAUCUGACAUCCACCUACUUAAGAGAACACUUCUUGGUGUGUUUUUGGCUAUGUGUAUGUGGCCCUAGAAAUUAAAAUUACAGCUUCUUUGAGUUAUUUACCACAUCAAGGAAGAUCUGAGAAAAUUUGAAUCUGAGGCAACUUAAAUCAUAAAAAUCGAGUGUAUUUUAAAUUUAAAAUUUUAACAAGCCACAAAAAGACAACAAUAAGAAAGAAAUUCAAAGUAUGACCACUUUGUGGGUUUCUGCAUCAACUAUUUGAAGGAAAUUACUUAAAACAUCAAUACAAAAUUAAGCCCUUCUGUCUAGCAUUAUAGGCACCAACCCACAUUUUUAUCUUGUUUAUUUCCACCCAUUAAUACUCAACUGAAAGUCAAUAUGGAACUUCGAAUGCAGAGUUAGGACUUCUCUUGUAGGUCAAUCCUUAUAUGGCAGUGUAUUCUACUGAAAUCAACAAAAGUUAUGUCCCUACGGACAUACAGGCAGUCCCCAAGUUAUGAGCAAGAUAGAUUCUGUAGGUUUGCUCUUAAGCUGAACUGUUUGCAAGUCAGAACAUGUACAUUUUUAAGUGUAACUCCGGUGAUAAAUAGGUAGAUAGAUGAGAGCUUUGGAUAGUAUAGGGAAGGGUUAAUACCCCUGUGGUGUUUGUUUUGCUGUCUGUGCCCUGUUCAGAAGAUUUCCCCUCACUUUCUGUCCCUGUAAUAACUGAAUUUUGAAAAGUCUGGUUUGUUCUGGAAACAAGGAUUGGUGAUAAAGCUUCAGUGGAGACACUUUUUCCCCAUGAUAACUCUUUCAGGAAUGAAUUUCCCUUUCGAGGAGUAGAUUUCUCUCACUUCCUGUUGUCUGACCCUUGUUCUUAAAUACAACUCAUUUGUAAGUUGGAUGUUUGUGUCCUGGGGACUGGCUGGAUAUGAUUCUGCCCUAUUGAUGCAGUUGCUCCAGACAACCACUUACCAAUAUCUUCACCUGGUUCAGACAACCCCCCUGGAAAUUUCCACGCAUUUGUUGUCUGAAAUGGAAAUAACAAGUAAACAUUUUUUCCAUCAACAAGGAACCAGAAAUACAGUUCCUGCAUUUGUUGACUAAGCCUAACUUGUAAUCGUUUUUUAAAAAAUGUGAUCAAAUACAAUUAUAUGACUGUAACAGUAUAGUCACAGAAGACAUCUACUGAUUUGUCUAAUGACUGUUAGACGGUUUAUACUUGCAACAUUGCUGCUCAUUAACAAGGUACAAAGUAGAAGAAGGGACUUUAAAGAAGCUGCUAUGAAUAGUUAUAUUAUGUGGCCACUAUCCAAUACAGAGCUAGAUAUGCUUAAUUUUAUGUGUUUAGUAACUCUGUGCUGGAUUGGAGCCUUUGUAACUUAAUAUUUAAUCACAUAUAUAUUCUAGUUCAGCGUUUUGUUUUAUAAAACAGAGAUUAUGAUUGUAGUACUGUUCUAUACUGCACUGGCUAAGUUUUCUGUUGUAUUUGUAAUAACCAAUAUGUGCAAAUGUGUCUUUCCCCUCUGUUAUAUGAUUGAAAAAUAAAAGUGAGAUUCCUCCA